AUGGGGAUUGUGAAUAGUUGUCACAAUGAAGCUAGAAUACAAUUUGAGGCUUUUCAAGAUCAAAGGCAUAGUGUGGGGAAUAUUUUACGAGUACAUAGUCGCGAUAUGGAAAUUGAUUAUCGCACUCGUUUAACAACAAUGUUGGAUGUGACACACUUUCUAUUGAAGCAAGGGUUGCCCUUUCGUGGGCACGAUGAGUCAACUAGUUCUUCAAAUAGAGGUAAUUUUCUUGAGUUGCUUGAAUGGUAUAGUCAACGAAAUGAAGAGGUUUCUAAAGUUAUAAAACAAAAUGCUCAUGCAAACAAUCAAUUGACUUCCCCAAAAAUUCAAAAGGAUUUAACACGUGCAUGUGUUUCAGAGAUCACACUUGCUAUAAUCAAUGAUAUUGAAGAUAAAUUCUUUUCUUUGAUGGUUGAUAAGGCUCAGGACAGUUCAGUGAAGGAGCAUAUGGGAGUUGUUUUGAGGUAUGUGAAUAAAAAAGGAUGUGUGAUUGAACGAUUUCUUGCAGUUGUGCAUAUGCCUUACACUAGUUCUCAUUCUUUGAAAAUGGCUAUUGAUGCUUUAUUUGUGCAACAUGGUUUAUCAUUAUCUAGAUUGAGAGACCAAGGAUAUGAUGGAGCUUCAAAUAUGCGUGGUGAGUUCAAUGGAUUGAAAUCUCUGAUACUACAAGAAAAUAUAUUUGCAAUGUAUGUUCACUGUUUCUCUCACCAGCUCCAAUUAGUUCUUGUUGAUGUUGCCCAUGACAAUUUUCCUAUGAGUGAAUUUUUUAGGUAUGUCACUAUGAUUGUGAAUAUAUCUGGAGCAUCAUUUAUAGAAGUGUUAGGAAAUGUAAUGAUGACGCCUCUUAUUCUGCGAAUAAAGGUGUUGCCGCAGAAAUUGGUUGAGAUUAAAAAACAUUUGGUGUUCCCAUUGGUUUAUUGUAUGAUAGAGUUGGCAUUAGUUUUACCAGUUGCAACUGCUUCGGUUGAACGAGUUUUUUCUGCAAUGAAGACUGUGAAGACUGAUUUACACAAUAGAAUGGGGGAUGAAUGGAUGAAUGGAUGA